UGUCCCUUGCCUUGCAGGUACAUGGUGGACGCUGCCGACCAGGAGAAGAUCGAGGCCUCCAAGAAUGAACUGCACAACCUGCUCGACAAGCCGCAGCUCCAGGGCAUCCCGGUCCUAGUCCUGGGGAACAAGCGAGACCUGCCCGGUGCCUUGGAUGAGAAGGAGCUCAUUGAGAAGAUGAACCUCUCCGCCAUCCAGGACCGAGAGAUUUGUUGCUACUCCAUCUCCUGCAAAGAAAAGGACAACAUCGACAUCACCCUACAGUGGCUUAUCCAGCACUCGAAGUCUAGGAGAAGCUGAGAUCCCGCGAAUCGCAGCUCGGAUCGGGAAGAUGCCAUUGUACAAGCCCAUGCCCCUUCUUUCUCCCGCUCUGUCCCUCCAGCUCUCUCUCUAGAUGGGUAUUUUUAGGGGACCCCAGACUCCGCUCGCAUUGAGGUGGAGCCCUUGUUUUUAUUGUAAAGAAAAUGUCCGACUCUGCCCUCCUCCCCUCUCCUCUCUCUCUGUCUCUUCCUCCCAUUUUGGCACUGUUCUGUUGUUGUCUGUGUAUACAGUAUAUAUAUAUAUGUAUAUAUAUUUUAAUUUUUUAAUUUAAGCGAUAGCGCUGUUACUAAACUGGGCCCUGUGAGCAGUAGGAAGGCUGUGGGCUCCCCGAGGCAGCCGAGGGUCAGCGCUGGGAGGAAGGUGAGGGUGGUGGCAGAAGGCAGCCCCUUGGGGACGGGGCCGUGCCAGGCUGCGGGCAGGUCCCUGGGGCUCCCUCGUCCCUCCCCGGGUGUCCUGCCUGUACCCCCAGGAGGGAGCACCCCAGGGGUGCUGGGAGCGUGCCCGCCUUGCCCUUCCCCAGGCUUCUGCCCACAGGCAGGGUUUGGGGGGGGGACGAUGCCACCCCCCCCAGGUUCCUCCCCCCUCCCUCCCCUGCCAUCACC